CUUCAGGUCGGAAAGGCAGAGCUCGAGAAAGAUGCCUGAGUUUCCGAUUUGGAAUUCCGAGUUUGAUGACCAUUCAAACCGUUUUGUUCCGAGUUCCCAGUUGUCUUGAAAGCACCAAUAGCAUUGAGGUCAGAACUUUUUUUCUCCCAUUGAGAGUCAUUUUACCAACUACACCUCCCGCCCCCUUAGCGCACUUUCGGGAACUCCGUUGCAGAGGUGGUUUCGCCAAUUUUCGACUCAAUUUCGUUAUCAUCCGUUGUAAUUUUACUCAUAUGUGCAACGGACUUUUCUCUUAUGUUCACAUCCAUUUGUGUAAAGAUGACGAGCUUGAAGGCGUUUAAGGAGCCAUUCGAUAGAAUAAUCUCUGAACCAGUGGAGGACACAGAUACUAGUAGCUUCAUGGCAGAAAUGUCCUUGAAGUCCAACUAUCCAGUCCAAGUCACAGAACCUCAAGAUACAGUGACACUGCAGCUGAGGUCCAUGCCACCUGGCUACCUCACACCUCCCUCGGGCAGAAUAAGACAGCCAGUAGAAGAUGGUGUGGAGUGCAUCUGCACAGGCUCCAUCUUACAAGACUUCCCCAAGGAGCUGCAGUUCUUGAACAACCCCUGUGAGAAGUGCUGUUGCUCAGCUCCACCUCCAAAGAUCAGUGACCUGAUGGACGACAAGGACUUGCUGGACUUACUGCGUCUUAAACUGGACCCAAAUCAUUGCACUGUUAAGAACUGGAAGAACUUUGCGAGCCGUUGGGGUAUGAGCUAUGAUGAGCUGACUCUGCUGGAGCACCGGACCCAGGGCUCAAUGUGCCACAGCCCCACACAAGAGUUCCUGCUGCGCAACAACCACAAGACCGUCACUGAGCUCACCGAACUUUGCCGGGUUUACCAGCGCAUUGAUGUGCUGCGGCUUCUGCAAAGCUGGAUGGAUAACGACUGGCCCUCACGCUGGCAAAAUGCUCAUUAACCACUUGCCCCAACCCCUGAAAAUCCUGCAGAGAUUAUGCAUAUUACUUUUUACAUUUUGCUAUACACUUUAUUGAGUUAGCAACAGGGACUUGGACCAUUUUUUUUAAUCAGAAGCCCAUUUAUUUAACAUCCAGUGGUUCCAGGAUUUUGGUUGAGUUGGUGUGCAAAAGACUGGUGGAUCACAUUUUAUGACUCCUACGGAGUUGAGGACUUAAUAGGACUGAUUGCCAUUGUGUACUCUUUACCAAUACUGUAGUUCUGAGCAUCUGAACCAGCUCAUUAUUUUAUUUUUCAAAGGUCCGGCAACCUCAGAAUUGCUGUGUGUCCAAUAGUGAUGAACAAACGGCUCUUUAUGAACAGAUCCUUUUUGGUGAACGUCGGGAAACGAAUCACAUCGUUGAAAGAGCCGUUCAUUUGGCUCCCUGAUUUGCAUACUGCUACUACACAAAUAUAACGUGUACAUUCUGGUCCACAUUCAUUUUUGCAGUGCGUUAAAAAUAACAACAACAAAAAAUUGGCCGAUCUAAUAAUUUCACCACGUAAAUAUUUUUUGGAACAGGCAUUUCACGAUCUGACAUAAUGGUAGCCUACCUUUUGGGCUUUACAUUGGAGAUUGGAAAUCAUGGUUCUAGGUCAAUCUUUUUUUAAUAAUUUUGAAUGAAGAGCUGUUUGGGAGCCAAAUGAGCCGGCUCUUUUAAGUGAACGAAGCCAAAUGAGCUGGCUCACCGAAAAGACUCAGAAUGGCCAUCAAUAGUGUCCAAGUGUCCCACAAAAAUGACCAAUGGGCUAGAACAUAGUAAGUGGAACUGUGCUAACCAACAUGGCAUAUCAAGAAGGUAAAGUGGAAAAGAGAGAAGAAGAUUUAAAUGGUGAACUGUUAAUACAUUUUUACUUAUUAGAACAGUGACCAUAGUGAUGACAGACAAUAAUAAUCAAUGUAGUAUAUAUGGCAUAGGAGACAGUGUUGCGUAUUGGUCUUUAUAGUCUCGUAAAAACAUGAAUCAUCUCCAAAUAUUGUAUUGUUUGUAUUAAUAGUUAAUGAGUCUUGAUUAUUUUGGGAUAGUUUGAUGAAGCUGAGGUCAUGUUGUCAAAUGAGAUAUCUCACUACGGUCUGAAUCCUAAUUAGCAAUUUUCCCUUACGUUUGAUCAUUUUUGUGGUUACAAUACCUCUCCCCCCCACCCCAACUUGAAGCAAAUAAAAUAUAGAUUUUUUUCCUG